CUUUAUAAUCUCCAGUAUGCUGUGUUGGAAAUGUAUACAUCUAUAAAAUUAUAUUGACUCAGGAAACGUUAUUUAGUGAGAUUUGUUCGAUAGAUGCAAGAUAUAGACGCACAUUGUUUAACUUUAAUUAGAAGAUGCAAUCUUUCAUGUACUUCUUGGACAGUUCUGUUGAUAAAUAAUAGGUUAUGCAGACAAAAUCAGUCGCACAAAUGUGUAUUACAAACGGCUUGACGUUAGUUUACCUUAGCAGCGAGCAAAUGCUAGGUUAGGUUGUAAAUUGGCUCGAAAAAAAAGUUACUCACCAUUAUCCAGCUUGGCGAUUUGAGGCAACCUAUAAGCACUGACAAGUUGAUCUAAGGUGUGCUCCUAACCGGCAACCAUGUCUUAUGUGGACACUCUGCGUCAGUGGGACACGGCUGCAACUUUUGUCGACAAAAAAGAUUUUUCAGAAGCACUCAAGAUCUUUUUGUCUAUCCAAGAUCCAAACUCCAAAAUUCACUUUAACAUUGGCUGUCUCCAUCUUCUGAACCAAGACCUGGAUGCUGCCGAAAAGGCAUUUGAUUGCAGCAUACGCAAGGAUGAGCACCUGGCUGUUGCCUUCUUUCAAAGAGGAAUCACUUUUUACAAAAAGACGAGGUAUGAGGAGUCUUUAGCUGACUUCCAGCAGGCCUUCAAGGCUCUAAGAAGCAACCAUCUGAUAGAUUACAAAGCACUUGGUCUCAGAUACAUAUUAUAUGCAUGUGAUGUUCUCCACAAUGUGGCCCUGGCUGAGGCUCAGCUGGGUCACUGGGAAAAAGCCCAUGAAAACCUUGUGAAGGCUCUCAACUACAAGAUAGAGGCCAAACUCAAUAUGAUUGACAAAGCUCUGGACUCCACCCUGAAACAGAAGCUUUUCAAACCAGUUGAGUUCCCAAAAAAUGUGCUUUUUAAACCAAAUAAGCACUACGUCGCUCAGUUAGAGGAGAAGGACUACCUGGGCAAAGCAAAGGUUGUUGCCUCAGUCAUUCCUCAGGAUGCCUUCUCUGGAUUUGCCCCCUUACAGCCACAGGUUGAAGAUGGUCCCACCGAUGGUCCAAAAGAACCCGAAGUUCUGAGGGCUUUGGAAGGGGAACCCCACACUGUCCUGUUUGAGUUUGUUCCUGAGACCAGUGAUGAGUUGGCUGUAGUGCCGGGCAACAUUGUGUUUGUACUGCAGAAGGGUGAUGACAACUGGGCAUAUGUGAUCUUCAACGAAAGAAGGGGACUUGUUCCUUACAAUUACCUGGAACGUUUGGAAAUUUCCUUGGCUUCUAAACAGAACGGGGGAACAUCUGGAUCUCAAAGUCGAGAACCACCAACCAGACCUGAAAGGAUACCAGGUCUUACUCCAAGUGGAAGCAGUGGAGACUUACAACCUAUGGCUGCACAGUCUACUGACAAUUCAUAUAUUGUCAAAGUCCGUUACACAUUCACCUUUGUAGUCUCUGUAUCACCUGGGUGUUCCUAUGAGACACUGAUUGAGAAAAUCAGUGAGAAACUGAACCUCUCUUCUGCUUCAAUCACCUUGAGUUUAACCUCUGAGGCAACUGAGGAAAGUAUAAUCAAUGCCAACACAGAUAUGGAAAGUGUGUGGAGUCGUGCCAGCGGCAGGCACAUCACCUUGUGGUGCAGCACCAAGGACCAAACUGAUGGAAAGCCACAGAACGUGAUUCACUUGGUGGCACUUCACUCCUACGAGUCAUCAAAUCCUGAGGAUCUCAACUUUCAGCAAGGAGACACAAUCACAUUCCUCUCCAGAGUCAACCAGGACUGGAUGGAAGGACAGUGUAAUGGGAAGACUGGUAUAUUUCCUGCACCCUUUGUGGAAGAAGUCCCUGUGAAUGGCCAGUGAUCGAUGUAAAUGUGACGCUAAAAGUUACUAAAACCAGUAUUAGAGUUUUGUGGCUAAUGCUAAAAAAGUUUUAUGAUGAACCACAUUUUGUUAAUUGGGACCUACACAUUUCUUUAAUUAAUAUUUAUAUACUUUUCAUUUUUUCAUUA